AUGUUCAAAAAGCAACCGCUGACGGCCGUGUCAUGCGCAAGGCAAAGAUGCCCUGUCAGCCUCCGCGUGCAGUCGGCGCGCUACCGCAGCGACCUCAAUUGGGCUGACCGUCAGAGAGGCCAGGAAAAAGGCUCCAACACCUUGCCGACCAACCCGGCUCCCGAACAUACUUCCACACCACACAAUCAACCCGCUACUGGUCGCUCACGGCAACAGCGCGCUGCUCAGGUCUCAGAGGAGGUCCGCAUGCUGAACCGCGGCAGCACAGCCGCCACCGUUUCCGGCGGUAACAACAGUAUCUAUCCUACCACACGUUCCAAGGAUGUCGACCCGGAAGCUGUCGGAGGAUCCGGCCAGAUGGGAGCCAACGACUCUGCAGCCCGCGAAAGUGGCCUCACCCAAAGCCCGGGUCGCCCCAUUCGUGCAGGUAGAGCACGCGACGAGUCGAGAUCAGAGCAUUCUUCAGGUGUCGCCGUGCAAGGUGGUGCAGCAGUUUCGAGAAACUCAAAGGGACGCCAACAAGAGCUGGUCGAGGACGAGGAGGCACUAGACGAGGAUGAGGGCAACGACGAAAUGAGCCCCGACCCCAUGGGCGAAUCCACAGCCAACGAGCUCACUUUGCUCGAGCAAUUCGACAAGCAAGAAGUCACAGCCGUAUCUUUCGAGCCAGAGACAGUCUCUCGCGACGAGUACCUCAAGCUCGGCCAGGGUGGUGCCACUAUCGCUGCCGGAAACUUUGCCGGUGUCAUCGAAGAUCGCAUCAAGAUUGUCGCCGAAGCCACACAGGACGACUUCCGCUACGCUCCUGACAUUGCCAAACGCAUGAUCAAGGGCGAGCUUGUCUCGUUCAAGGACGAGCAGGAAAAGGCAGAUGUCCUUGCAACGGUCAAGAAGGAAGGCUUUCAGUUUUCCGCUAUCUCUUCUAGCAGUCAAGGUGUCAUGUUCGACAAGUUCGUCCGCGGCGCAUACCCGGAUCCCAAUGCCUUACCACACAAGAACAAGAUCUUGAACGAGAUCGCCCGCACAGUUUCGCGCAACUCCACAUAUCUGAACAAGGACUCGACCAAGCUUCUUAGAAAGAUCGGUAGUCUUUUGCCCUCAGAGGCCGCUGCACGUAAGCCUGCCGCCGCACCCAAGAAGUGA